CACCUGAAAUCUUGCCUAUUGCGUUAUUUGAAAAGAUAUCAGAUAACAAAACCGCAAUUCCAGUAUGAAAAAUAAAGACGACGUAAAAUUCCCUCCCAGUUUAAAUGUAUGUGUUAAGCGUCUGUUAAAAUACAGUGAAUAAUGAGGGCUUGCCGUCUUUUAGGCCAGUUGUACACAUCAAACACGGAACCUAUACUCAAACUUUGUCUGAGAGGAACGCUUCCCGUCCCACCGCUGCUCGCGCAUCGCUUUGUCACUGAGGUGGUGCGUGACAGCCAGCUGCAGCCAGCUCGCGGCAUGUGGAGGACGGGGUUUGACCAGCAUCUGUUUCAGCGAAGGUAGUCGACAGCUUGGGACAAGCUACCAGCACAACGAUAGCGUUUGAGUGACGGCUCCCCUGGACAGCGAGGGAGAGAAUGAGAAUAGUGGAUUUUGUUUCUGCUUGUAGGUACAGCGCACCAGAAGAAGGAGAGACACCCUGUAAGAUUUUGACAUGAAGAAGGACAUAGACACACUGAUAGCAGAGGAACGUGCUGAAAUCAUCUCUAAAUAUGACAAGGGCAGGCAGGAGGGUGUCAACAUUGACCCAUGGGAGGAUGCUGACUACAGUAUCUAUAAGGUUACUGACCGCUUUGGAUUCCUGCAUGAGAAAGAGUUACCCACACCCACUGCACUUGAGGAGAAGCAAAAGCAACAGGAGAUCGAGCGAGUGGAGAAAUGGCUGAAGAUGGUGAAGAACUGGGACAAGUACAAGAACAGUGAAAAGCUAAUGAAGCGUGUAUAUAAAGGCAUCCCUCUGCAGCUGAGAGGCCAGGCUUGGGCCUUGCUUUUGGACAUAGCCAAAGUCAAAGAAGAAAACAAGGGAAAAUAUGAGAAAAUGAAGCAGCAGGCUCGUAACUUAUCUACGGAGAUCAAACAGAUAGACCUAGAUGUGAACAGAACCUUCAGGAAGCACAUCAUGUUCAUGGAUCGCUUUGGAGUCAAGCAGCAGGCACUGUUCCAUGUACUAGCAGCUUACUCUGUCUACAACACGGAGGUCAGCUACUGCCAGGGGAUGAGUCAAAUUGCUGCCAUCUUACUCAUGUACCUGAAUGAAGAAGAUGCCUUCUGGGCUCUGUCCCAGCUCCUCACCAACAGCAAGCAUGCCAUGCACGGGUUUUUCAUUCCAGGAUUUCCCAAGCUGCACCGUUUCCAGACCCACCAUGAGCAGAUCCUCUCCAAAAUGCUGCCUAAGCUGAAAAAACACCUGGAUAAGGAGCAGAUGACAACAGGGAUGUACACCACCAAAUGGUUUCUGCAGUGCUUCAUUGACAGAACCCCUUUCACCCUCACCCUGCGUUUAUGGGACAUCUACAUACUAGAGGGAGAUAAGAUCCUAACCGCCAUGGCUUAUACAGCCCUCAAGUUACACAAGAAGCGCCUCAAGAAGCUUCAGUUAGAGGACCUAAGGGAGUUUCUCCAGGAGCAGCUGGCUGCUUCUUUCCUCCUGCCUGAUGAUGUGGUGGUUGAACAGUUACAGGCUGCUAUGUCUGAACUUCACAGUAAAAAGCUGGACCAGCCUCCUCCAGCCAAGUCAGAAGAGCUGCCAAAGAAACCUCUGGGUGAGGAGAGACCAAUUCUCCUACUGCCACUGCAACCUGACUCUUCCCUGGAGGUGAAAAUAAAUCUGCAGCCCCAAAGUCAGACUGAUACAGAUGCCCACCAAACAGACAGCAUCACCCCGCACCAGACCCCUUCUCCAGAAAAACCCCAGGACUCGACUAACCUCUCCAGUGCAAAUACACCUUCUUUGCCUUCACCAGAUCCAGUUGUAGUCCACACACAAGGAACACCCCCUGUAAGGCCUUGUAGAGUACCUCCAUUACCCCCCAAAACAAACAAACCCUCAACUGUAGUAGGUUUGAACAGAGAUGUGAAGGAGUCACUAGAGGUUGGGGGAAGGCAGGGAAGCCUGGAUGAACUUGUGGAUUGGCCUCCACCCUAUGAACCCUCUGUUUCUGACUCUGUCACCUUGCAGGCCGAGGGGGAGAUCAUGGACCUUCCAGAUCUGCCACCUCCACCUUUGCCUUACCUGGACCAGAAUGACCAAAGACCUCUGGGCAGUGAAUCAUCCCACCUGGGGACUAUGACUGGUUCAGAGAACCAGCACCGCUGUCCCUCCCCUUGCUCAGCCUCGCCACUGGUCCCUCAAAUGCAGUUAUCUCCAAAACCUUCUCCAAAACCACCCAAAUCUUUUGACCUCACACAGAAAAAGCCAACCUCAGAACCUGCCCCUCCUCAUGAGUUCACACCAUCCUCUUCUUCCUCCUCUCCCAGGCUAUCUCCCCCAAAGCCAUCCAGAUUCCCAGUAUCUCUCUAUGUCCCAGCGUUGAUGGGAGAUAGACGGCCCUCCAACACCUCCCAGUAUGACAAUCUGUCCCAGGCUGAUGAGGACAACCACUACCUGGAGAAGCUACCAGCUGCCACUCCUGAGGAAACUACCAAAGCGCACAACAACCCACAUCUUAACACAGACAGAGAGUAUGAUCCUGCACUCUACCUUCUGCCUCCACCUCUGGUCUUCAUCCCCCCUUCCCCUUCUCCUCUUCCCCCCUCGCUGUGUGCACUCCCCAGUUUGCCCCAGGAGCCAGAAUAUAAAGGAGAGGACAGCUGGGUGGAGAACUCCAUAAUCCCCCCUCUUCCACCUAAAUGUGGUGACAGACUCACUCCCCUCCAGUGUAGCGCCGACACACACAGAACCACCUCGCCCAGUUACUCCAAGCCUAUCUCCAGGGGACCCAGGGACCAUUCUGCCUUUCCAGCACCGCUGCUGUACACUGGUUCUCCCCCAGGUCAUUCCAGGCCCUCAGGACAGGCAGCAGUAGGAGUUCCCCUGGUCCAAUCCAGCCCAGACUUUUGCAGGGCGCCUCCAGGUGGACAGCAGCUGCCCAAAUCUGUGACCUUUUGAAGUUUCAUUUAAGUAUUACUGAUCAUGCCAAAAGGAUCUGGACUUUGAGAUUAUGAUUGAUAUGUUUUCAAAGCCAUUGAAGAGGUGAAAGGCUGGUGUUAAAGAUUUUUGUUUGUGUGCGCGUUGUGAAAGGACUUUACUCAUUGAUAUGUACAGAUAUAAUAUAGUACUUGCACCUUUUUGUGAGGGCAGUUAACGUUUAAAAGUGUUUGGCUUGUAUUUAAAACUGCUAUCUGUUUUACUGUUUGCUGCACAAUAAGCAAGUGUAUUGUUAGUAUGUGAGGCCACAUUUGUUUUUGUUUUAUGGAUGAUGAAAAAUCUAAACAGAAAUAAGGUGAUCUAAUACCAGCAUUGUGUUUCACCAUUACUUCUUUGCAAUUAGUUUCAUUUUGUUCUACAAACACAUCUUAACCUGCUUGCCGUGCACUGAGGGUAGCACCUCUGAUACAAGGGCUUUUGAGGCUGCAGAUUAAGGCCAUCUUUGCUAAAGCACUCCAAGCCUAUACAUUAAUCCAAAUACUGUAUCUUUGGUAAACUGUGAGCAGGCUCACUUUACUUAACAGUAUAUCAUAAAGAGAAACUCUUGAUCUAACAGUUUCUUUACUAUAUCUGUAGGUCAGUACUUGAUAACAAAGGACCACUAAACCAUGUUGCACCAAAGAACUGUCAACAUAGCCUUUAGAAAGGAUCUUGUCACCACCGCAGCAGGGAGGACUUGGUGCAAUAUGUCACAGAUGUAAAUACUGAAGCUUGCUGAAUUCACAUGAAGCCUGGUCAGGUCAUUUAUUUCCCAGGGUACUCUGUGGAUACAUGUUUGCUUAGGAUGCUGUCAAAAAAUCUUUGUUAUAUUUAUUUGACACAGGAAUAGCUCCACCUAGUGCUCAGAAGUGUUACACAGUGGAUUGGAUGUCAGCUCUAAAAUGAGCCCUUACAUUUUACCACACAUCCACUGACAACAAACUAUUUGGGAAAUUAGUUCUGACCAGGACAUAAAUACUACCUGUAAUUACUGUCUAUGAAUGUGCACACAGUAAGAUAGACUUAAGAGAUUAAGGAGAGAUUCCUUAUCACAAACUGGGAGAGAAGUGAAUGAAAGAUACGUGUUAUAUGCACAGCCAUAUUUUAGAGCCAUUGCAGCGACUUAUGUUAGUUUAUCUCAACAGCUUUUGUUCAAAACAAAAGUUCUUGAGAAAUGGAAGAUGAGCCAUAAUAUACUGUACAAAAACCUAAUACUUGUUUAAAUCAGUUAUACUCUAUAUUACAUAUAUACUGUCUAAACAUUUAGUUUUUUGCACUGACAUUGUUAUUACCAGGAGGUUUUCUGUAACUAUUCAGUUGUUUUCUAAUGGAGCUUCAGGUUACUGCUAAAAAAAAAAAGACAAGAAUUUUCUUGCUAAGGGCAGAUUAACAAAUGUUUAAUAGCUUGUUCAUGAACUUUGGUUUGGCUGCUGCGAUUCAAAUCAAAGAACUUAGAUCCU